AGCCCCAUCUUGGUGUCAGUGGGAGGAAUAGUGCCCCAUCGUUGGUGUCAGUGGAGGAAUAGUGCCCCAUCAUUGGUGUCAGUGGGAGGAAUAGUGCCCCAUCAGUCAGUGGGAGGAAUAGUGCCCCAUCAUUGGUGUCAGUGGGAAGUGCCCCAUCAUUGCUGUCAGUGGGAGGAAUAGUGCCCCAUCAUUGGUGUCAGUGGGAGGAAUAGUGCCCCAUCAUUGGUGUCAGUGGGAGGAAUAGAUCAUUGGUGUCAAGGAAUAGUGCCCCAAUUGGUGUCAGUGGGAGGAAUAGUGCCCCAUCAUUGGUGUUGGGAGGAAGUAGUGCCCCAUCACUGGUGUCAGUGGGAGUAGUAGUGCCCCAUCACUGGUGUCAGUGGGAGAAUAG